AAAAAAAAAUGCCGAGAAGAAAACGUGCUUCCAGUCCAUUUGAUCCAUUCGACGAUGACUUCGAUGAGGAUGCGAGUUCGCAAAGCUCAAAAAAUGGAAAUCCACCAGUGCAACGUAACGCUGCAAAUGCCAGAGAACGAGCGCGAAUGCGUGUUUUAUCCAGCGCUUUUGGAAGACUCAAAACAAAACUACCGAACAUUCCACCCGAUACCAAAUUAUCCAAAUUGGAUACACUACGCUUAGCGACAAUGUAUAUAAAACAGUUAAAAGUUCUAGUCGAAGGUGGUGCAACCAAUGCAGAACAUCAUGAGGUGUUUCAAGAAACUGCGGGAAUAUUCAACAUGCAGAGCGUGUCACAAAGCAUGACUUGGCCUUUCGGUUUCCACCAAAUGCAAGCAAGUAAUAACAACAGCGCCAAUGGACGAUUACAGACACUUCAAUACUCGCCACCCGCCGAAUGGAAUCACUUACGCAACACCUAUUCCAAAUAUGGGCGUAUAAGUAAUGGUGACAACAACAAUUGUACCGCAAGUAAUUAUCAGCAAGAGUUAAGUAUUUUGCAAUCGCAUCAACAUCCACAUCAACAUCAGCACCAGCACCCGCACCAGCAUCAACAUCAAAACCAUUGGUAUGCUACAGAUGAGCCGAUGGUGGAGGAUAUCAAUGUUAACAACAACAACAACAAUAACAAUUGUGCAUUUUUUGAACAACAAUCCGAACAACAUAUGAAACAUAAUCAUGACGUAACACAUACUCAAACACAACUGUAUCAUGCAAGUCAGGCGCAUGCAACAAGUUCAAUACGAUAAAUAGAUUUUAAUAAAAAUACAUAUAUAUAUAUAUA